UUAUUAUGGUGUAAAGAAUGUGAUCCUUUGCGUAUGAUUGAAGGGUGGACUAGUGGAAAUUCUGUAAUUGAUAAAUUCAUCAAAGAUACAAUGUAUGAAAUGUAUGAUCAAAGAAAUGAAAAAUAUCCAAGAUUUCUUGAAUGGGUACCCUUUGAUAGAUUUACGGAUAUAAAAGAAAUUAGUGAAGGAGGAUUUGCCAAAGUGUAUUCUGCAACAUGGAUCGAUGGUAAAUCGAAAUUUUAUAAGCAAUAUGACGGAGGUUGGAAAAAAUCAAAUCCUAAACCAAUGAAGGUUGCUUUGAAAAGGUUAAAUGGAUCACGGAAUAUGUCAGCUAAAUAUUGUAGUGAGCUUAAAGCUCAUUGGGAUUUUUAUCUAACAGGUUACGGUACAUUAAAAUUAUUAAAAUUUUAUGGGAUAACUAAGGAUCCAGAAACUAAAGAUUUUAUUAUGAUC